ACGCAUUUUCCCACUACUGUGAAAAAGCAGCCAAUUUCAGUUCUUUCAUCAACCUGCUCGACUUUCUCAACCUGUGUCAACCUCCUGCACCAGCCUGUUCAUCCACCAAAGCACCUCAGUCAUGCAUGAGGAAGAAGUCUACACUGCCCUUCAGUGGGACAGUCCAACGCCACACUCUUCUCAGAAAUGUCUUUCCUCCACCAAAAUUUCAGGAUCAUGGUGUACUCUGAUGGUGAUUUCAUGUAUUUUCUGCAUAGGCUUAUUAUCAACAUCUAUUUUCUUGGGAAUCAAGUUGUUCCAGGCGACCACCACCAUAAUGAAGCAAAAAGAAAAACUCAUCCAGCAGGACAGAGAGCUGUCGAACUGCACACAGUGGGAGAAAAAACAUGUACUGCAGAAGAAAUAUUGCCAAAACUUACCGCAAAGCUUUAACAGUUCAGCCCGUAACUGUGGACCUUGUCCACACAACUGGAUUCAGAAUGGGGGAAGUUGUUACUAUGUUUUUGAAACCUGGAAAAUUUGGCACUCUGGUAAAGAGAACUGUUUGGAGGAAGGCUCCCGGCUUCUACAAAUAGACAGCAAAGAAGAAAUGGAUUUUGUCAGCAGAAGCUUGCAGAAAGUCAAAGCCAACACUGAUUACUGGGUGGGAGCUUCCUGGGAUGGACCCCCUGGACCAUGGCUUUGGCAGGAUGGCUCUGCUCCUCCUCCUGACCUGUUGCCAAUAACAAGACCCCAAUCAAUUAACCAGGUCUGCGCAUACCUGAGAAAUAAUUCCCUUUUCUCUGCUAGUUGUACCAGUUGGAAAUACUUCAUCUGUGAGAAGGAUGCAUGAAGAUCCUCCAUCUGAAAGCAGUUGUUCACAGUUGGCCUUUGUUUUGCAUUGGUACUUAGAACAAGCACUUGGAAAAUCUGCCACAAAUAAUCAUACAUCAAAUACAGAAGAAAACUAGAAUAGUGAGAGCUCUGAAGCCAGCUCUCUGGGACUCAAAAGAUACCUUAAUAUUUGGUAAUAUUUGUCAGUACUUGCCAGAUUUCAAUUGACAUAGUUCAAAUUGCCAAGAACAAAAUUGAUUUCAUGUUUCAAAGGACCAAUCCUGCUACACCAAGAACAAUGUAAGGAAUAUAGCUAAUUUCCCUCUCUCUCUCUCUCUCUCUCUCUAUGUCUCUCUCUCUCUCUCUCUUUCUCUCUCUCGUGUGUAUCAGGAAUUAAACUUGGACCCUUGCGCUUGAAAGGCAGGCGGUGGAACCACUGAGCUAA